CAGUUCCCCCUUCCCAUGACCCCUCUGGACCCCCCAAAUCUCCGUGUCCUCCCAGUUCUCCACUCCCUGCGUUACCUGGAUGUGAUGGUGUCAGAGCCCGGCCCGGGGAUCCCUCAAUACCUGUCCAUGGGACAUGUGGACGGGAUCCCCUUUGAGCGCUACGACAGCGAACGGGGCCGGACGGAGCCACAGACGCCGUGGAUGGCGGCCGGAGCCGAGCCGGGAUAUUGGGAUAGAGAGACCCAGAUCAAUGAGAGGAACCGGCUCAUUGCUACCACCGACCUGGAGACAGCACGGGGCCUGUACAACUGGAGUGGGGGUCUCCACACAGUGCAGCGAGUUUGUGGCUGUGACCUCCUGUCCGAUGGAAGUGUCCGUGGAUUCUUUCGGCAAGGCUACGACGGGCAGGAUUUCAUCUCCUUUGAGCUGGGAUCUGGGAACUUCGUGGCGGCCGAUGGAGCUGCCCAGAUCACCAAGAGGAAAUGGGAACACGACGGGAUCAUGGCAGAGAGACAGACACAUUACCUGGAGAACAUCUGUCCAGAAUGGCUCCGGAAAUACGUUG